AUGUCCUUGUUGAAUACUAUUUUCGGCAAAAACGCCGAGAAGAAAUCGGAACAAGUGUCGGUAUUUGAAACGAAAGUAUCCGUUCCAGAACCGAAGCCGUUGCCUCCAUCAAAAAUACCAAAAGAAAAACCGCCUUUGACGCCAACUGCUACUGGCGAUGGGAGUACGAAGAAACGAAAGCGCAAGGAAACGAAAGUUGAGUUUACUUUGAAAGAGCCCCUCGAGGGUCCUACGGUAGAAAAGCCCUCAGAAGAAUCCAAACAAGCGGAAGAACGAACGGUUUUCGUCGGUAACCUACCGACCCAAUACAAUCGCAAAAGCCUAGCCAAACUCUUUAAAGACUGCGGCAAAGUAGAGAGUUCACGCAUCCGGUCGCUUGCCGUGACGGGAGUGAAGCUACCACAAGAAAAUGCAGGCAAUCAAAAGUUGGUUAAGAAGGUUUGCGCCAACACCUCCCAAGUCGACACUAAGGCAAAAUCUUCCGUUCAGGGGUACGUUGUCUUCGUGAAUAAAGAUGCGAUUGAAAAAGCCUUGGUGCUGAACAAUACAGAAGUGAAGGACGAAAGGACCGGUACAACACGUCGGAUUCGCGUCGACCACGCAAAUGCUGAAUACGACGCUGCACGUUCCAUUUUUGUGGGAAAUCUCCCGUACACUGCUGACGAAGACUCUUUGGCAGAACAUUUCUGCGAAGGCUGUGGUUUGAAUGUAGACGACAUUCAGGGAGUUCGAAUUGUACGUGACAAGGAGACCUUUCAAUGCAAAGGCUUCGGUUACGUGUUGUUUAGUGAUCAAAGCAUGGUAACAUUGGCCUUGCAGCGUAUGUCGGGAAGUUUAUAUGCAAAACGUGAACUUCGAGUGAUGGUUUGUGGACGGCGCUUCAAAGGUAAGAAGGGAGAUGCAAUGCCGAAGGAAAACAAAAAGCGUAGCUUUGAAGGACGACGAGCUUCGGCACCAGUAUCACCGGCUGCAUCCGUAGGCGCCUUGCGACGCAUAAUCAAAAAGCAAGUUUCCGAGGCCCCGACCAAGAAGCGCAGAGCUCGUGGGGAAAAGACCAGUGAAAAACCGACGGCGCGCAAAGCGGGAGUCAGUCGAAGAGCCGCUGUAGAAGCGAAGGUCGAGAAGCGUGUCAAGAAGUUACAGAAACGUGCUGCCAAAGGAAUGGGAAAGAAGAAGAUGUAG